AUGAUACAAUCCAUGUCGUGGCAGCCAAAGCUUCGCCCCAAGGGUUUCCCGCAUAGCAUUGAUGGCUUUGCUGCGGUGGCUUCGUUGUCGGAGCUGGAGCAUCGGGCCCGGACUGAGGACAAGCGGGACCAACGCGUCUUCCGGGUCAAGCGUAAGCAUGUUUUGAAAGCCUGUGAUCGCUGUCGCGUGAAGAAGACCAAGUGUGAUGGGAAGCAGCCUUGCAAUCGCUGCUCGGUAUACAACCACCCUUGUCUAUUCCGCGAAAGAAAGGCCACUCAGACCAAAGUAUACUCUCGAGGAUUCGUCGAAAUGCUCGAAUCCCACCAUUCCCUAGUGGUAAAGGCCCUUCAGAAGCUCUAUAAAUUCUGCGUCAACAACGAAGGCUUCCCAGGCGAUCCCCUCGCCGAAGCCCCAGACGGACACCCCCUAACACAUGCAAUCCUCGACCGUCUGGGGCUAAUCAAACAAGCCGAAGAAAACGCCGACGAGCCAGACGAGGACUCAGAGGAUCUGCGCUACCUACGACUGCUAUCAACAUCCACCGAAUGCAGCGUCACAGCAGAGCCCUCGCCAGAGCCAGCAACACCCCCAGAGCCCUCACCCAUCUCUCGCCCUACCGCAAUUCCCACACCAGUCUCCGUCCCUAACCGCACCCCCACCACCACAAGCUGGCAGUGGGAUCCCCAGCCCGUUCACCAGACGAGCUACAGCUACCCAGACGCAGGGUACCACGACUUGAUGGUGAUGCAGCAACGGUCGUCCAUGAGUGCACCGGACAUGGGCGCUGAUAUUGCGCAUAUUGGUCUGCCCUCUGGGCCUUCAGGUCUACCACAUAUUCCGCAACAUGCGCACCUCGAGCCGCCGUUCCCGUAUGUCUUGGAUGGAUGCUGCGAUCCCGGCACCCCCCAACAUGAUGUCAAGCCCGUGCUGUCGAGGCUACCGUCCGGUCUCAUGGCUGAGUCUCAUUCGCAUCCGCACCAUCUUGGGAAUCUCUCGGUGGAGAUGAUGGGUGACUACAAUUUCCAGCAUGACCCGGCGUAUUAUCCUGGGUUUACACCCGGCUGGAAUUUUCCUUCUGGUUAA